AUGGCGCAGCGCUAUUACACUUUGGACGAAUUUCUUCUCAGAUUGUUGCCUUCGCAACGAUAUACACGAAUAAUUUGUUUGGAUUUCUUCAGGGAAAAUCGAGCAAUGGAUUUCCGCUAUAAAUCCCUUGUCACCCUUUAUGUAGCUGUGGCAGUAACACUGAUCGAUUUUGUGUGUAAUGUUAUAAAAAUUUCCCUCUACAUUAGGGAACAGCGGCUACAGGAGGCCAAACAAAUUGCUGCAGUCUGGAGCAUAGAAAGUCUAUGUCUGGUGCGUGGUAUAUCGCUGGUCCUGAAACAGCGUAAUAUGCUGGAAUUGACCAAUGAUCUGGAUAAAAUAUUUCCGCGCGACUCUGAACAGCAGCUACGCAUGAAUUGUGCCAAAUUCGCUAGAUAUCUUGAUGUAAGAUUUCGCAUUGUAGGUCUUUAUACACUUGUGGGUGUGACAGUGUUUAUUGGUACACCUCUGCUGAAAUAUUUGCUAUACUAUGAUGCGAGCAGUGGGCAAGUAAUUCCCGAUGAAUACCAUCAGCAUGCCUCUUGGUAUCCCUACCACCUGAAGGAUAAUCCCCGCACCUAUCCUUACGUUUAUGUCUACGAAGGUUUUAACACCAUUUGCAGUAUAAAUCUGGUAUUUGCUUGGGAUCACAUCUACACUGUGUCUGUGGCCGAAUUUCUAAUGCAUUUCGAUUUUGUCAAUAGCGAGUUGGCAAAUUUAGAUGCCCGUGAAUCUUUGCAUCAGGGAAAGAGAAGGCGCAAAUUCUUCAGUAGACUUUUGGGAAUUAUCCAGUAUCAUCAGCAUGUUUUAAAAUUGGGCGAUAAAUUCUGCAAUGCCUUCAAUUUGUCGCUUUUCUUUACCAAUUUAGUAAGCGCAGCUUCAAUUUGUUUCCAUGUGUAUCUGAUCGCCAACAGUGACGACUAUCUUUCCAUAAUCCUUUUUUCAUUUCCUUGCCUUGUCCAAGUGGCAUUUGCCUUUGAUAAUUGUUACCAGGGAACACGCAUUGCGGUGGCGACCUCAGAAACGGCUAAUGUUAUCUUUGGACACAAUUGGUAUGAAGGCUCUGUUGAGUAUCGCAAGAUCACGUAUCAAAUGUUGCAGUUUGCCAGCAGACCCUUUACUUUAAGUGGCUACAAUUUGUUUAGAAUUGACAUGGUCCAUUUUAGAAUGUCCAUGAUGAUUGCAUACCGCAUGUUCACAUUCCUACAGGCUCGUGGAGAAAGAAAUUAGAUGCGCAUACGGUAGUUGUUGUUGAGUUAAAAGUCCAGCAGUUAAAUCACUUUUU